CGCGUUAUACCUUAUAACUUCCUCCUUUUAGGCUGCUCAUCUAUAACUUCGAGCAAUUAUGAGUAAGGGAGCGAUGAGAAAAACUCAGAGCAAUGAGGUGAUGAUUGAUUCUUUCGAGGAGGAGACUCAGCCUCAGGGUGGUGAAUUCAAAGAUGCAUCUCCUUCUCAGCAGGAGGAAGACAUAGGCAAGGUAGUCAAUGAGGAUAAGAAGAAGCCUGUUCAACGUCGUAGUGGUAAGCGAAAGAGGGCCACGAACAAGGAAACUGAGAAGGGUCAUGAUGAUGUAAAGAAAUACGCUCCUAGAGAAAAGAAAGCCAGACCGACCAAGGUUGAGCCUGAGUACUUGGAAGAGAAGCGUAAUCUGGAAGAUUUGUGGAAGGCUGCUUUUCCAGUGGGAACUGAGUGGGAAGUAUUAGAUAAACUUUAUGAUUUCAACUGGGAUUUCAAGCAUCUUGAAGAAGCAUUGGAGGAAGGAGGAAUGCUCUACGGGAAGAAAGUCUUUGUCUUUGUCAAUACAGAACCCCAAUGGAUCAGCUACAAAGGUGGUCCAUCUCAUGUUGUCUAUCUCCCAACAGUUUUUGCUAUUGAGUCACCCUUUCCGCCUUCUGAUAAGUUAGCAGUCACAUCGGUUCAGAGUGCAACCGAGAACAUCAUUCCAAUGAAGCAAAUGAAAAUGGAAUGGGUUCCUUACAUUCCCUUUGAGAAAAGAGAUAGACAUAUUGAUAGGAUGAAGUGUGAAAUUUUUAUCUUGGCUUGUACACAGAGGAGAUCUGCUCUCAAACAUUUGAAGGAAGAGCGUUUUAAGAAGUUCAACUAUUGCCUUCCUUAUUUUUAUGAUCCGUUUAAGGGAGAUGAACUUGAAAAUAGUACUGAGGUCAAAUUAGUUUUCCCCUCUGAAGAGCCGGUUGUAUGUGAAUUUGACUGGAGUUUUGACAGACUUGAGGCAUUUGCUGAUUACAUGAUUGAUAUAGAAGAAGUAUCCGCGGAACAAAAGGAUGAAUUCAAAGUUUUUGUCAAAGAGCAUGUUCGAGCAGAAAGGAGAACUAGGCAAGAGGCCAAAGCUGCUCGACUGAAAGCAAUAGAAGAAAUGAGUGAAGAAACUAAGCAAGCCUUUCAAAGCAUCAGGUGCUACAAAUUCUACCCUCAGCCUUCACCAGACAUCUCAGGGGUCAUACAGUCGACGAAGAUUAACCGAUAUUACGGGCAUGCUCAUCAAGUCCUUUGAUAUGGAGCUUCAGACCUCAGAAUAGCUUUUCUUGGCUGCCAGCUCCAACAGUGCUCUCAGAUUCUCUUCCAGCUUUUAAAAUAAAGUAGACUAAUAAUAAUACGUGCAUUUCAAAAUACCUUAUUUUAAAAUGAUAUAAUCUUCUAAGUUUCAAGAUAUUCCGAUAAUAAUAAUACGUGCAUUUCAU